AGCAAAAAUGAAGCCAAGCCGUCUUCCCCAAUCGGAGCCGGUAAAGCCGAAUAUGCGUUGUCGUUAUCAAAACCCCAACGACGACCCACGCGCUGUACCUUCCCCAUCCCCGGCGAUUACUGUACUUUCCACGCGCACCUAAUUCCAUUUAACCUAAAAAAAAAAAAAACCAAAAAGAAAACCCCAAAUUUCAGAAAUUAAAAUGAAGGGAGAACCAGAAGAAACCCUAACUUCACCACCUCCGCUAAAUUUCACACCACCAGGACUAUCACUAGCACCACCAACAUCAUCAGCGACACCAGCAACUCCGGCAUCUACAAGGACGGGGUUACCGAUUCGUGAAGAUUGUUGGAGCGAAGAAGCGAGUUGCACAUUAGUCGAAGCAUGGGGAGAAAGAUAUCUGGAGUUAAAUCGAGGUAAUCUCCGGCAACAACAUUGGCAAUUAGUUGCUGAUACUGUUAAUAAUCGUCAUGCAAAUAAUAAUAAUCAUAGUCAUAACAAGAAAUUUUUGAGAAGAAGUGAUGUUCAAUGUAAGAAUCGAAUUGACACAUUAAAAAAGAAAUACAAGUUAGAGAAAGCUAGGGUUUUGUCUUCGAAUGGGACGUAUAAGAGUAAUUGGCCAUUGUAUGAUCAAUUGGAUGCGUUGAUUGGUAAUACUGUUCAACCUAAGAAAAUGAUGAGCGUGUCUCCGCAAUCUCAACCGUCUCCGAUGGGUUUGCCUUAUUAUCAGCAACAUAGGAAGACGCCACAGCAGCUGCCGGCAAUGUUUGUUCAUCCGGUUACUUUGAGGGAUAAACAGAAACGAUCUCCGCCUCCUCCUGCUGGAUAUGUACCGCCAGCUGUAUCUAGGGGGAUUGAUGAGUCGUUUUUUAGAAGGAAUUAUUCUGCUGUUGCUGCUGCGGCUGCGGCGGUUGAUGAUGUUGGGGGGGAUUCUGAUUCGUCGAGGUCGAGUGGGGAGAGUGAUCGUGGUGGUCAAGUUGAUGGGUUUGGGGAAUUGGCUAAAGCGAUUUCGGCAUUUGCUGAUAUUUAUGAAAAAGUUGAAGGGGCAAGACAGAGACAGAUGAUGGAAUUGGAAAAAGAAAGGAUGGAGUUUAUGAAGAGUUUGGAAUAUCAAAGAAUGCAACUUUUUAUGGAUUCUCAAGUUCAGAUGGAGAAGAUUAAGCGAACUAAACGUGAUGCUGCUGCUACUGCUUCUGAUGCAUGAUGAAGGCAUGUAGCGGGAAGCAGUGUCAAAGAUCCUUACUUCGUUGGAAAGACAGAAAGAGACAACAGCUUGUAUUAGCAGCAGUUCCAUACUUUUUGGAUGAUAGAAAAUAGAUAUAAGAAAUAGUAGUUAUAGCAGUAAUUGAAGAUGAAUCCCAGGAAGUAGUAUAUUACCAGUACUAUCUAAUGAGUGUUUGUUUUAAUAGCAUUUAGAGCAGUAUCAUAAAAGAUUGAGCACAUUAAUUGUAAUAACUUCGACAUCUUAUCCAGUUAAUAUAUAAUUCCACUACCUAUAUUUUCA